UGGAGCACAGUUCAGUUAGCAACAUUGCAGUGGUCAUACACACAAUGCUGAAAUUUAAGUGGAUUGCAGUUUUACUCUACACCUUCAGUUGGAUCUCUUCCAUAGUCACACAGUUUUAUGCUGUGGAGGUUCAGGCUGGUGAAGAAGUCACACUGGAGUGCUCCAACUUUAGCAGACAUACUGGUCACAUAACCUGGUUCAAAAUGACCAACAGACCCAACGUGAGCAGAAUCUCAUCUAUGGUCAGUGCUGAAGGAAAUGCUUCACUCCAAGAUGGUUUUCAAGCUGGCAAAUUUAACAUGACGUCCAACACCUCUGUGCUGUUUCUCAAGAUCAAACAUCUGGAUUCAUCUGACUCUGGCUUGUAUUUCUGUGGAGAGUACAAUGAUGAAAAGACGGUAAUUUCAAGUGGAACAUAUUUAAAGGUGCAAGAUGUGUUUGAUGGAUUAACAAAUGUGAUGCCUGUGAUCCUGGGCAGUUUAAUUGUUCUCCUUCUACUGGUCAUCAUUGGUCUGGCUGUCCAAAUCAGGAAAUUUCACUCAGCUCAAGAUGAUGGACAGAAUCCACAACAGAGUGAGAAUGUGGACUCUGAUGACAUGAACUAUGCAGCACUGAAUUUCCAUCCCAAAGCUAAAAUCAGAAGGCCUGUACCACAGAGUGAGCUGGACACAAAUGUGGUGUAUGCUUCUACGAAACACUUGAAAAACAACAGGAAGAUCAGCACAGAGUGAAAGCUGUCACACUGAUCUCUCGUGAGGGAUUUGACACAUACACACAUGCAUAUAUUCAGUCCUGUUUUUUGAGUAUUAAAAUCUGAUGAACUGAACGGACGAACAUGAAUAUCUCAAGGAUUAUAAUAUAUAACAUGAUUAUAUUAUAUUUUAUUAUAUUAUAACUGUAUAACACAAUAAUGAUAAUAUUAUUUACACUUUUCAAGCUUUAACUAUCAAAAAGAAAGAAAGAGCAACCCAAUUUUGGGCCAUUUUCACAACUUUCUAGUUGUAACUGUAACUGAGAAAAUACCUUUUUUUAGCACUAUCUGAAAAUUCA